CUACCUAGGGUACCUAAGGUACCUAAGGAAGACACAUGCUACGUAGGGUAGUGAUCUGAUCCAAUGUUACGACUAAAAUAUCCAACUCCUCACUCCUCACUCCUUUCUCCUUUUUACAAUGAAGCAAAUUCUUUCCCCCUUUUUUCUUAUUUCUUUCUUAUAUAACUACCUACUUACCUACUUACCUACCUACCAAAUUAGACCAUGACUUACCUAGAAUCUCUUAAUUCUUAGCACUUACUUACCUGCCUACCUAAGACUCCUACCUACCUAUAUAAUAGUAUAGUAUCCAUAUCACAAACAUCAAACUUGUUGUCCGCAAACUACUGUACUACCUAGCUAGCCACCCCGCUCCUGACUGACUGAGCCAUGGGCUCCUACCUCCCCUCCUCACCCGCCGCCCCGCGUCCCUUCAGCGUGCAAAGGGUCGCCGUCAUCGGCGCCGGCCCCAGCGGCCUCGCCUCCGCCAAGUACCUGCUCGCGCAAAAAGCCGGCCCUGCUGCUGCUGCGGCGUUCGCGCGCGUCGACGUCUUCGAGCAGCAGGCCAAGGUGGGCGGCGUCUGGAAUUACAGUCCCACGCCGCGGCCCGUGGAGGAGUUGCCCGUCCCGCAGACGGAUGCGCAUCCCAAGAGGCCGGAUCCACCAAUUUGGGGGGACAAGGGCGGUGAUGGAAAUGGGGGCGAGGGGAAGAAACCGCUGUUCCCAUCGCCCAUGUACGAGGACUUGCACACGAAUAUCCCGCACACGCUGAUGCGCUACUCGGACUUGCCGUUCAAAGAGGGAUGCGAGAUUUUUCCGACGAGAGGCGAUGUGCAGGAGUAUCUGGAGCAGUAUGCGGCGGAUGUGAGACAUGUUAUCAGGUUCUCGACGCAGGUCACGGGUGUUGCGCUACGGCCUGGGACUUCUUUUGCUACUGCUGCUGGGGAUGGUGACAAAGAGCAAGACCAAUGGGAUGUGCGCACUACAGACUUACUCACAGACAAGGAGACGACAGAGACGUACGAUGCGGUGGUCGUGGCUUCGGGGCACUACUCAACGCCGUACAUACCAGAUAGCAUCGGCAAUAUCGACGCAUUUCACGCGGCACAUCCUGGACUCAUCUCGCACUCGAAGCUAUACCGUAAUCCCGAGCUGUACCGCGGCAAAAAGGUUGUGGUGGUCGGCACGGGCGCCUCCGGGCUUGAUAUCGCAUCGCAGAUCCAAGCCGUGUGCAAGCCGCCACUCCUGGUAUCGGCGCAGACCGAGGUUCCCCCCGAAACCCUCGCGCACAUCGGCAAUGUAAAGCAGGUUGGGCAGAUCAAGCGCUUUCUAGUUGAGGAGCGGGGGGCUGAGUUCCUUCCCCUUUCCGACUCUGGACCCGAAGAAGGGGGAGCGGGCAUCGAAACCGAUAUCGACGCCGUGCUAUUCUGCACAGGGUACCUGUUCACGUUCCCCUUCCUAAACACACUGCAAAAAACACCACUAGUCACGGACGGGCGCCAGGUCUACGGCGUCGCAAAGCAUCUGCUGCACGUCGCCCACCCAACCCUCGCAUUCCCGGGCCUGCCGAUAAAAGUGAUCCCCUUCCCACUCGCCGAGGCCCAGGCCGCGGUCCUCGCACGCCUGUGGUCAAACCAGCUACCGCUACCGAUGAAAGAGGUUCUCGAGGAGUGGGAGCGCUUAGACGGCGAGGGCACCGCGCCGGGGAAAUUCCACGUCUUCCCGAAAGGUGGCGACGGCCGGUAUAUCAACGAGCUGCACGACUGGGUGACCCGGUACGGAGUCGACGGCGGCAAGGAGCCGCCGCACUGGGACGAGGAGAUGCUCUGGCAGAGGGGUAUCUACGCCGAGGCGAAGAUGCAGUUUGAGAAGAUGGGCAAGAAGGCGAAGACGCUGGAGGAGUUGGGGUUUCGGUACGAGCCGGAGAAGGUCGUGGUACCUGAGGAUGUGGCGGAGGGGAAUGAGAAGAUGGAUGUUGCUGGGUGAUAUAGCAUCUUGGAGUAGGUACUUACCUAGCAUAGCGAAUCUGGUCUAGAAUGAUCUAUAAGCAAGUGAGCUAGCAAAUACAGUCUAUGUAAAAGCAGCAUGGAGCUUCAAGACAGAUAAGCUGUUCAAUCCGAUGCAACGCUGCAAGUCAUAUAUGUACCUAGGGAGGUAGCGUGGAUAGCGAUUGAAACCCUACAGGAAAAGAAGCUGCAUUU